UCUUUCUUAACAAACACACACCACUUUCUUUUCCUUAAAAUUACCAAUAAUACAAAUCAUAAUUCACAUUCACAUGCCAAAAGCAUAGUACCCUCCCUCAUUCAUCUCUCCCAUCUCCAUCUUCAUGACUACCUUUUGUAUUGAUUCUGACUCCACCAUAGCAGAAAACAUGAAAGAAGAUCUACUGGUGCAAGAAGGAUACGUUUUCGAAGAAGAGAUUCAUCUCACUGUGCUGAAAACCUCUCUUUUCUUCGCCGGUGAUGGUUUCACUGUCUAUGAUUCCAAAGGCGAAGUUAUUUUCAGAGUUGAGUCUUAUGGACCGGAUUCUCGUGACCUUGAUGAGCUUGUUUUGAUGGAUCCGGAUGGCCGUUGCAUCCUCACCGUUCGCCGGAAGAAACCGAGUCUUCAUCAACGGUGGGAAGGCUUCAAAGGCGAAAGAAUAAACGGUGAUAAACCCACCUUCAGCGUGAAGCGUUCAUCAAUAAUGGGACGGUCCUACGCUGGCGUUACAGUGGAGGUCUACGAUAGUUCCGGUGAGGAGUACCACAUAGAAGGAUGUUUCUCGCAACGCAGUUGCACCGUUUUUAACGCCACAAAAGAAUCAGUGGCUGAGAUUCAUCGCAAAGUGGACCCCACCACAGGUGUUCUGAUUGGGAAAGAAGUGUUCUCUCUAACCGUUAAGCCUGGCUUUGACGCUGCUUUUGCUAUGGGAUUCGUGCUUGUUCUUGAUCAAAUUGGUGGUGAUGAUUCUAUUGAAGAUGAUGCUACAGCUGAGCCUACGGUGCACCCUACCACAGAGGAUUAUGAAGAUAAAUAAAUAAAUAAAUAAACUUUGUUUAAUUUAUGAAACUAAUCUUAUAGGGUUGUGCCUUGAAAGAAAAGAUAUUUCAAUUUCCUAUGUGAUCUAGAAAAUUUUAUAUAUUAUUUUAUUAAAAUAUACAUAUUUAAAGUUGAAGUUA